UGAAAAAACACAUAGUAUCUAAAUAUUUGCGUUACUAUUUGUGGGGAUAUCAAUAAUACUGGUAGGAAGAAUGGUAACAGUCAGUCAAGAACGAUACGACAGAUCUCCAUUUAUGGAAUCAAAACAUUCAAGUCCCACUCGAAACGAUUAUGACAGCAUAUCGGCUAGUAAUUCUAUGUAUAAAAACGAUGAACGCAGUCGACAUUCUUAUAAAGACAAACGUCCUCGUGGCGAACGGUAUUCCCGAUCGAAAUCUCCAACUUUGUCUGUGAGUCAUGGAAAUGAUGGUCGUCAUCGUAAGAACAAUGAUUUCAACCAUCAAACACCAGAGUUUUGGGAAAAACGCCGUACAAUGCGCGAACGCGCUGGAGCAUCCAUGAAUUCGCAGAUAUGGGAGUCGAAUCCACCUAAAAUGGAUUCUGACUACGAUUCAGAUAAUGAGUCUAUGCUUCCUGGGGAAGCGUUUGGGCCGAGUCUUCCCACAGAUAGGCAGUUAUCCAGUAGUCAUAAGUUAUCUCGUUCACAUGAAAAAAAGGAUGAACACAAAAGUCAUCGUCAUCAUCACUCGCAUCAUAAACACUCGAAAAAGCAUAAAAAAGCCUCUAAAAAGAGUCACAAACUGAAAAAACAGAAACACAAAACUAAACCUGUCAGUCGAAAAUCUUCGCCUUCUUCUCCAUCAUCAAGCUCAUCGUCUUCAGAAUCAGAAUCUGAAUCUUCUGAUGCAGAUAGUGAAGAUGAAAAACAACAAUUUAUCAAACAAAUGAAAGCUAAAAAGCGUGAGCUGGAACGUAAACGUGCACAAGAAGAAGAAGAAGAGGAAGCGGUUGGACCAGUCCUUCCGGUUAAUGAACAUUCAAGUUUAAUUCCACUAGAUUAUGGUCGGGCAUUACUUCCAGGUGAAGGUGCAGCUAUGGCAGCCUAUAUUGCUGAAGGCAAGCGUAUACCACGUCGUGGUGAGAUUGGCUUGACUUCGGAUGAAAUCGAGUCAUUUGAAAAACAAGGUUAUGUGAUGUCAGGUAGUCGUCAUCGCCGGAUGGAAGCUGUACGUCUACGUAAAGAGAACCAGAUAUACUCAGCUGAUGAGAAACGUGCCCUGGAACACUUUAAUCAUGCUGAACGAGCUAAACGCGAAGCUAAAUUACAAGCUCAAUUCAAGGCUUUAAUUAAGAGGAAAUUGGAAGAUAAACAGUCAGCUCCACCACCAAGUUGAUAAAAGGAAGAGGAAAACAUGGAUUACUGACCGCUUGAAUUCACUAACUGUACAGAAAACAUGUGUUUUAUUUUGGUUCUCUCUUACUACUUACAAGAAGGGUUCAUCUAGUUUUUUUCGAAGUAUUUUAUAACUGAGGUUGCUUCCAUUCUUACUAUUUUUCUCUUUUUACGUAUGUGCUUAACAGUAACUCCUGUUGGUUUUUUUUACUAUAGUAAAGUGACUACAUAGUAGACCACUCUAUGUAUAUAACAGAAAUACAUACGUAUAUUUCA